AUGUGUACAGUUUUUUGGCCUGCUAGAAGAAGACGAAGUUUUAUGCGUCAUUUUUAUUUGAAGAAUAAGUCAGUCGACGAUCACGCAAUUUGGGGGCAAUGCUUUUCAGGAUUCUACGAAAAUUGGGAUCGUCAGGCGUGCAGCGAGUUUUUUGAUUCCGUUAUACGUUUCACCGAUUCAGCGCGAUUGCUUACUGUCGUAAUGUCUGGUAAAGUUGGCAAACACUACAAACUUGAAAUGGAAGUACGACAGCGCUUUCAUGGUUUAUUUAUUGAUCAGCUGGCAGAGUCGGAAUCAGAGCAGGGAUUUUGGCUUUCCGUGCUUUUACGCACUCAGAAAAGUGUUGCAGAACAAGGACGCUUGUUCAUGCUCUUAUUCGGCCCUGUAAAAUAUAUUCAUGGCGAGGAACGAAUUGACUGGUACAUGCUGUCGGAGACAAUUUUCACCAGAAAUCAAUGCAUCCGAAUUAUCCAACCACUAUCAUCAAAUCUUUGUUGUCUUGCGAAAACAACAGAACUGAAGUCGAAGUUUUCUUGGAGCGAUUCCGAAAUUUUCACUUUAAUAGAAGAAAUAACAAGUGCACCACAAGUUUGGGUGUUUCAUAAUUUUGCAAGUUUACUUUUAUUACAACCAGAAUUAAUUCGAAUUGCUCUCUAUUAUCGAAUACUUUAUGGACACUGUAAAGAAGCUGCGCAUAUGUUACAUGCUAUGAAAACGGUGUAUUAUGGAUGGGGAUAUGGAAUUGUGGAAAGUUUGCUGACACCUCUACUGGAAACAUUUAAGUUGUUAACUGUAAUGCAACGCCGACAUUUCCUUGCUGAAAUAGUUUUAACACAGUCACACUUACUCGAUGGAUAUCUUCGACGCUUUCCAUGUUACUGUUUCUUGAUUUCUUUGCUUCCUGAUAUAGCUUUGACCUCUUUAUAA